AUGGCAUCUCUCACGAAAACCAGGCAAUCCCCCUCCAAACCCACACCAACGGCCCCCUCACAAGAAUCCUUGUCCCUCAACCCCCAAACCAAGAAAUUCCUCCACCGCAUCUCCCUGCAUCCAACCCUAACCCCUUACCGCCGCCGCGUCUACCGCACCCUCCUCUCCGUGCCCGCAGGCCGCUGGACCACUUACUCGGCUCUCGCGACGCAUCUAGGCUCCAGCGCACGGGCUGUGGGGAACGCAAUGCGCACGAACCCGUUUGCGCCGGAGGUGCCCUGUCAUCGGGUGCUGGCGACAAACGGGACGUUGGGGGGUUAUAAGGGGGAGUGGAUCUUGGGUGGGAAGUAUCAGGUUGAGAAGAGGCUGUUGUUGGAGGGGGAAGGAGUUGUGUUUGACGAGGGGGGAAGGGCGCAGGGGGAGUGCUUUCGGGGGUUUGUGGAUCUGGGGAGUGGGAAGUAG